GUGUGUGUGUGUGUGUGUGUGUGUGUGUGUGUGUGCAUCAGGGGGUGGGUGCAUUAGUCUGUGUCAGACAGCAAAGAGUGCCGCAGUUAUCUAGGAAUCUGAGCCAAAGCAACCUCACAAACAGAGAGAGCAGGAGAAAGAGGAGGACGAGGAGUGAGGAAAAGAAGGAAAGAAGAAGAGGAUGAAAGAAGCACAGAGAGUAGAACACUAGGACAACUAUAGAAACAUUUAGACAAAAAGAAGAGGCCAGCAAACACUUUCUGAAUGAAAAGGCACUUAUUGAGAUUUAAAGAAAAGUGAAGUGAAGGUUUGCAGAGAAUCAUCAACAACUAAAGGACAAACAACUUACAGCUUGGAGGAAGGAGGCUGGAGCACUGCUCAAGAGUUUAAAACAAAGUUUAGGACAAGCCUGCAUUUUCCAUGAUUCCUUUUGGCUCUCUUAGUAUGCUCCCUCUGCUGUCACUGUAUGUGGGAGCACUGCUGUCCUUAGAUGGAUCCCCGGCCUGCACACACCCUCCCUGUGGGGACAGUCUGGUGGCUGAACCCAUCCCGCCUGGGACGGGAGUAGGAGUGGGUACCCGGGCCUGUGAGGGUCAGACUGGGACGACGGCCUGCAGGAUGGGGGUUUUGCAUCCAGCCAUCUCAGAUGCUCCUCGGAGGUCGGAGCACAGGCAUAAUUUCCCCCAGGUUAAGCCUAAGACUGGAGGUGUCAAAGAACGUUUAGUUCAGCUGCAGCGCUGCAUGCACUCUGUCCAGGAAACAGGGGGACCCUGGAGUCACGGGGGCCAGGAGAGCAGCUCUCUAGGGGCCAUCCUGGCACUAAUGGCAGCUGUGCUGACAGAAUGUGACCUCCACUGUCACAGCCAGGCCCUUGGGGCGAUGGCCAAACGACUGGAGAGUGCAGCUGUGGGAAGAGAGGGGGAAAAAGACCUGCUGCUUUUCCUGAAGAGCAUCACACAAUACCAACCCACAGGUAAGAGUGCUAAGAGUGAUCACAUGAUACAACUGUUGCUGAAUAGUAAGUCGAAUAAAAAUGUAUGUUUGUGGUUCUCAGUCGCCCCAUUGGAAAGGUUACAUCCUCAGGACUGUGCAGAGAUUUACAGGCUUGGCAUCACGGAGAAUGGAAUCUACACCAUCCAGCCUGACCUGCACAGGCCAGCACUGGAGGCUAAAUGUGACAUGGAGACGGCGGGCGGUGGAUGGACAGUGAUCCAGAAUCGGCAGGAUGGUUCGCUAGACUUCAACAGGACAUGGGAGGAAUAUCGGGAGGGCUUUGGAAGUCCCCAGGGAGAGCACUGGCUGGGGAACGCGGCGCUGUACACCCUCACCUCCUCUGGCCAACACCAACUCCGAAUCGAGCUGGAGGACUGGCACCAACAGAGACGCCAUGCUACCUACAACAAUUUCAAAGUAGCAUCAGAGGCACAGAGGUAUCGUCUGACAGCACGGGAGUACUCCGGAGAUGCAGGCAAUGCCUUGAGCUACAGCAAACGUUACAACCACGACGGCAGAUCCUUCAGCACUGCUGACCAGGACCAUGACCGCUAUGCAGCUGGAAACUGUGGUCAGUACUAUGGUGCAGGCUGGUGGUUUGAUGCCUGCCUGGCAGCUAACCUGAAUGGACGGUACUACCGUGGGCGCUACAGUGGGGUGACCAACGGUAUCUACUGGGGGACAUGGUACAUCCUGACAGACGGACGAACUGGAGAACGCUACUCCUUCAAGAGGGUGGAGAUGAAAACAAGACCCAGGAACCUUGGGGGGACUUCCUAAAGCUAAUAAUGACAUUUCUCAAUGGAAAAUUUGCUGCACAGUAACCUACUGUAAUAAUCAUGCCAAUCACAGAUGAGAAACAGAUGUUAGAUGUUUAAGUCUCUGUGUGGACAUGACUCUAUUUAGAGCACCUUUCAUGUCACUUAUCAGUUACAUGCAGAUGGCAG